AAAGCGGUUUCACUGUGGAGCUCUGCAUGCGCGAGCAGGGGCAGGAAGAUGCAAUCACGGAUGUGGGUUCCAGGCAGUUGCUCGUGGCGGCGCGGCUGCAGGCACAGCCCUUGGCCAUGAAUCCUGAGGAGCAAACCGUAACGUGGCUCAUUGCACUGGGAGUUCUGAAUUCUCCCAAGAAAGUGGUAGAGGAUCCAGAGGAGUUCCUGAAAACUUCUCUGAAAGAUGGAACGGUGCUCUGUAAACUCAUUAAUCGCCUUCUUCCGGGAUCUGCAGAGAAGUAUUGUCCGGAGCCUAAAAAUGAAGCUGAUUGCAUCAGUAAUAUUCAAGAGUUCCUAAAAGGCUGUGCACCUCUUAAAGUGGAGCUGUUUGAGCCACAUGAUUUGUACACAGGAGAACAGUUCUCCAAGGUCCUGAGUACGCUAACAGCUAUAAAUAAAGCUACUGAAGAUCAGCCGUCAACAAGACCAUGCUCUCAGCUAUCAUCCCGUAGCUCCGCAGCUGAAGAUCCCCACGCUAACUCCAACGGCACAGCUUCACGGUCUGCACGGGUGUUAAGGAGACAGUCCAAGCCUGUGGAGAUGACCGAGAAUGGCAGUCAUCAGCUGGUGGUAAAGGCCAGGUUCAAUUUUAAGCAGACCAACGAGGAUGAGCUCUCUGUUAACAAAGGAGACAUUAUUUAUGUUACCCGAGUUGAAGAAGGGGGCUGGUGGGAAGGGACGCUCAAUGGAAAAACAGGCUGGUUCCCAAGCAACUACGUCAGAGAAAUCAAAUCCUCCGAUAAACCACUCUCUCCCAAAGCAUUAAAAGGACUUGAAAGCACUCAGCUGACGAAGAAUUAUUACCCUGUGGUGUUGCAAAAUAUUCUGGAAACAGAACGAGAUUAUGCGAAGGAACUCCAGUCACUUCUGGGAACUUACUUAAGACCCCUCCAGUCUUAUGAUAAGCUCAGUGCCGUGGACAUCGCGUCAUUAUUGGGAAAUGUGGAAGAAAUCUCUGCAUUUCAGCAAACACUGAACCAAGCCUUGGAAGAAGUUGCAAAGCUCCCUGAGAACCAGCAGCGAGUGGGAGGCUGUUUCAUGAACCUGAUGCCCCAGUUCCGCUCCCUGUACCUGACGUACUGUGCGAACCACCCGUCUGCAGUCAGCGUCCUCACGCAGCACAGUGAUGAGCUGGAGAAGUUUAUGGAGAGCCAGGGUGCGGCCAACCCAGGCAUCCUCAUCCUGACCACCAGCCUGAGCAAGCCCUUCAUGCGGCUCGACAAGUACGUGACGCUUCUGCAGGAGCUGGAGCGGCACAUGGAGGAGGCGCAUGCAGAUCACGAAGAGGUUUUGAAAGCAGUCACAUCCUUCAAGUCUCUUGUGUGCCAGUGCCAGGAGCUGCGGAAGAGGAAACAACUGGAGCUGCAGAUCCUCUCAGAAUCCAUCCAGCGCUGGGAGGGAGAGGACAUCAAAACAAUGGGAAGCAUCAUCUACAUGUCCCAGGUUAUGGUACAGUGCGGGGGAAGUGAGGAGAGAGAGGAGCGCUACUUGUUGCUGUUUGCAAACGUUCUGCUCAUGCUGUCUGCAAGCCCACGGAUGAGCGGGUUCAUCUAUCAGGGAAGGCUGCCUCUAACAGGGAUGACGCUGACCAAGCUGGAGGACGCCGAAGGCAACGAGCACUCGUUUGAAAUCGCAGGGAACAUGACGGAGCGGAUCACUGUGUCCUGCAGCAGCAGCCAGGACUUGCACGAAUGGCUUGACCACUUGCAGAGGCUCACCAAAGGGACGUGCAAUGUCAUAUCCAAAACUCAGUCCUGGAGCGCGCAUUCAACAUUUAGUUCAGCUGGACAGAUUCGUGGCCCGCUGGAGCCCCCCAAAAUCCUCAAGCCCUGGAGCUUGAGCUGCCUCCGUCCUGCUCCUCCACUCAGGCCGUCGGCCGCGCUGAGUUACAAAGAGAGGAUGUCUUAUAUCUUAAAGGAUUCUAGCAAGAGUCCAAAAACAAUGAAGAAGUUUCUUCCAAAAAGGAAAACUGAGAGAAAAGCUUCUGAUGAAGAGUUUGUUAUUAGGAAAAGUACUGCUGCGCUGGAGGAAGACGCUCAGAUCCUGAAGGUGAUCGAGGCGUACUGCACCGGCGCCGGCUUCCAGCAAGCCCUCACCUCAGGCUCCCGCAAAGACUCCAUCCCCCAAGUGCUGCUUCCCGAGGAGGAGAAGAUCAUCAUAGAGGAGACGAGAAGCAACGGCCAGACUGUGACGGAGGAAAAGAGCCUUGUCGACACGGUUUAUGCACUGAAAGAUGAAGUCAAAGAACUGAAGCAGGAGAACAAAAGGAUGAAGCAGUGUUUGGAGGAAGAGCUUAAAUCGAGGAAAGACUUGGAGAAGCUGGUCAGAAGGCUGCUGAAGCAGACGGACGAGUGUGCCAGGGAGGACACGGGCCGCAAGUCGUCUCUCAUAGCCUGAGUCUGGGAGAAGCUGCUGCCAGUGGUGUGUGACCUCAGGUGUUUUUCGGGAAGCAGAACUGGAUCCUUUGCCUCUUUUAGCUCCUUAUUUCGUUGGUUUGGGGGAUUUUGUUACCAAAAAAUAGGUCAUAGAGGAAAAAAAAUUUUUUCAUCCUAUCAGGAACUCAAACUCAGAAACAAUCACAAGCGAAGCGGUAAGCAAGCGGUCCACGAUUCACAAUUCAUCUGCAGCAACCAAUACCUCAUCGUACCUGCUACCGGGAGCAAAUACAAGCUCUGCUAAUCCUCACCGCUCAGAAAGUGUCUGGCAGUAGUUUCCUAGAGAGGAGGUGUAAGCACUUUUCAAUGUUUCCAUUCUUUUUAAAAGCUCCGGUACCUAUUUAUUGAAUGAAAAUGUUACUGAGUUGGCAUUGAGCAGAGGCCAAAAGCAGCGUGCUCCUCUUUGCAGAUGGUCACGACUGGGGAAGCUUUUCCCACCCACUUUCUGUCUCCCUGCUAGCUGACUGUAGCGAGCUAGAGCCCAGCAGUCCUGUGCUUCCCAGUGGCCUUGGUGCUGGUGGGAAUGCGCCGUUUCCAUGCAGCCGUUCCAAGUCCUUGGGGAGGUGGCACGCGGAGCGCUUGGGCGAGCGCAGGGAAGGGGUGUUGCACAGUACUGCCUCCGAACAGCUCACGAUUGCACAUCAGGUACCUGCUGCUCUGCCCCAGGACUUCUUCUGCACGAUGGGCAACUCCUGCACCCUGCUGCAUUUUCACUUGGAGUGUCCCGGUGGUGUCUGAGUUGGUCGUUUUGCAGUGCUCCCCCUUGCAGUACCUGCUCUCCUCCCUGCAAAACGCAAUCACCGCUUGGCAGAGUCCAACCCACCCGUGCUGCUUCUCUGCUCUCCGUGGCCACUUCCAUUGCCCCAAAGGGGCUUGUUUUAGGAAAAGGGAACUUUCUCCCGGGAUAGGGAAGGCGUUUGUUUCUGUUGGGACAUUUCUGGGGCAAUGACGUGUACCACGCCUCCGGAUCCCUGCACAGCUCCUCAAGCACAGCACACAGGCAGCGUGCCUGUCAGGUACCUUCAUCUUGUUUGGUGUUAUACCCUAGUUUAUAACGGGUGUUUUCCUUUCCUCUUAGCAGCGUUAUAAAAAUAAUAUUCUGUUAAUGCUAGACCUUAUGAAUAUCAGAGGGCAGUGUGGUCCUAGGGUAUGCAGACACACCACAGCUCAUUACACAGACCAGUAUAUUAUUCAUGAAGGAUAAAAUAGAGGCAAGAGCUGCAACCUCCCUCCUUGUGAUUAAAAUUCAACCAGAACGUUGCAAAUGGUGCUUGGGGAGCACCGCACUCCAGAAGCAUCACAAGGAUUUUAGAGAGCAUCAGCUUUUAAUUCUAAGCUGUUUUGGGGAUGGAAGGGGGUUUUUCCUGCUCUGGCCACCCUUGCCAUCCCCAGAGCAUGGCAGCCGAGUGGCAGCUCCCUGUGUCCCCAGCUGGGCACGUGCUGGGCGGGUUUUGGGACAGCAGCCUGGGCUGCCGUGUGGGUUAAUCCUGCGCUGGAUGGUGUCACGUCGCUGCUGGCGCUGGGCUGCAGGGGUCGGGUUAUAGCCCCGGUUCGGGGGGCUUUGCGCGGACACCCCGUUAACGCGGCCGAGCCUCCCAGCAUCACCCUGACACGCAGCUCGCGGCGCACCCGGUGCAAGGGGGCAGAUCCAGAUAGAUAUAUAUAUGUGUGUGUGUAUAUAUAUAUGUAGGAUGCAUGUGAUGGAGGACACUUGGGAUCAAGCGUUUGUCAAGAGCUAGAAGCCAAAAAAGACAAGAAAAAAAUAUAUAAACUAAAGGAAAAGAAGCCAUGCCGGAUGGACAGCAAUGUUUCCAUAUUUACUUUGUUUACAGCGCUUUGUAAAUACGUUCCAGUGAGUCUGUCUUUAGCUGGAUGUCGUCAGCUGCCUUCCA